GUCUGUUGUAUCUAUUCGGCGCCUACUUGUUCAUCCGACACCGUGUGCUAUUUGUUGGAGUGGGUCCUCAAUUCGAUUUAUCUUCUAUUAUCUCUACAUCCGCAUCCUCGAUCAGGAAGGUAUACGUCACAAUGCCUGGUUGGGAAGAUGCAACCGCGAUACAGAAAGUGUCGACCAACACGUACUCGUGCAUUCUGCAUGACGAUUGGAGCAUCGGCAGUGUACCCAAUGGCGGCUAUGUGACCGGCUGUGUUCUUGAGGUUGUCAAGACGCACUUCGGUACAUCUCUGGCGAAGCAGAACCAACCGCACACCAUCGCUUUGCACAUUGAGUUUUUACGACGAACUCAGGCUGGCCCUGCUCUCUUCACGGUCGAAGACGUCAAACUUGGCCGACAGACGUCCAUCGUCCACGUGAGCAUGGAGCAGGAUGGCCGCCAGGAGAUCGUGGCCUACGUGACAAACUCGAAUAUGUCUGCAGAGGAAGGCUUCACCUUUGACACACAGCAUGAACUCUUGCCACCACCUCCUGCUGUCGACCUGACCAAGUUAGAGACAGACUCAGAUCCAAACUGGAGGUGGUCAGAGGUGCCAUUUGCGAAUUUCCGUAAGGCGACAGCGCAAGUCAAAUUCUUCCUGCCUCGGGCUGGCUCGGUACGAUCGAACAUUGUUGACGAGUGGAUCUGCUGGUCGAACGGAAUGAAUUUCACCAACACCUCCAUCGGUUUCGUGUCAGACAUGUUCCCUCAGAUCGGUGCAAAUUUCAAUAACACUAAGAAAGCCUUCUGGUACCCAACCCUGCUGCUGAACUUAGAUAUCAAGAAGGCGCUGCCGGCUGAAGGAGUCAAGUGGCUCAGAGUGAGGGCGGAGUUGAAACAGGUUAAGAAUGGGAGGAUGGAUCUGGGGAUCUGGGUGCAUGAUGCAGCUGGCGAGCUGGUCGCUUUAAGCAAUCAUGUUGGAUUUGUGCUGGACGCAUCGAGGAACACAGCUGCCAGGAGGAAGCCAGAUGCAAAGAUAUAGAGUGCAUCAAAAGUCGAGGCGCGGUCCGCUUUAUUGCGCCUAAAACUCAGCUUAGUUAAAGGUGUAUCGGCAUGGCUCCUCACAUCGCCCAUGAU